UGUGUUUGGAAACAACAGUCCCCUCGUUAAAGUCCCGUAUGACAGCUAGAAGGAAGGCAUUUCUAGCUUCGACAAAGCCCCACGAGUUUGUCUUUUUUUCAAGAGAGCUUGUAUUGAAAUUACUUCCUGAAAAAAAGAAACAACAAAUACUUUUCUUUCAACAGCUGGACCUAUUAAGAAAACGGUUUUACGAGAAGCGCGAGCCAUUAGAGGAAGCUGGAGUAAAAUGGAUACGAGAGAUACACAACAAAAGACGAUUACUAUUUUCAUCAAAACGCCCAGUCAGGCUCAGGAGGACCAAACUGUCGAGGGCGUCUAUUUGGACUGGACUGUAGGGGAUCUUAAAACGCAUUUGUCGACCGUUUACCCAACCAAGCCGGCUAUGGUUGACCAGAGACUGAUCUAUGGUGGUAAACUUCUGCCUGACUAUCUUCACAUUAAAGAUCUCUUCAGACAGACCGAUGCUAGUCCCACCAUCCAUCUGGUGUGUCCUCUCCAGAAUUCACAACAAACACCACUAGGAGCAAGACCUAAGACCAGAGUGACGGAACAGCCACAUCCCUCCAGUCCCAGGCUCAUGGCAGCAUCUGGUUCUCCCACUCCUAGUAGCCCCCUCUCCACAGGCCAGACUCCCAUCACACCAGAACUGAGACAGAGAAGGCAGACGGCUCCAACAUCACCUGCUGCUCCAGCACAUACACAUUCCCCUGGAACUCCUACCUGGCCGGCUGCUGCAAUGGCUGGAUCGCCACAGAUGACCCAACCAGCAUUUCCUACCUACUCCCUGUAUAGCCCUCAACAGCUUCUGUGGCUGCAGCAUGUCUAUGCUAGACAGUAUUACAUGCAAUACCAAGCUGCAUUGGUGGCAGCAGGCACCAUCCCUUCUGCACCAGCUGCAACAAUCGGCCAGUACCCUCCUGUUCAAGCCCACCAUGUACCAGUAGCAGCCCCCUUAGACAAUCAAAACCCCAUUGACAACCUGCAAGCCAAUCAGAACCCAGUGCAAGACGGAGGUUUCAUCAACCCAGGAGAGGCCAACCAGAACAUGCGGAUGAACGCACAGGGUGGACCUGUAAUGGAAGACGAGGAGGAUAUGGAGCGAGAUUGGCUGGACUGGUUGUACACAGCUGCAAGAUUUGGUGUUCUUCUCAUGAUCGUUUACUUCAACUCCAACUUGAGUCGCUUCCUGCUGGUGAUGAGCACCCUCAUCAUUAUGUACCUACAUACUGCUGGCUGGUUUCCCUUCAGGAGGCGAGUACAAGCCCAAGAACCAAACCACCUGCAGCCCCCCGAGGUCCAGCACAAUCAGCAAAACGAGAUCAGGAACCAGAACCAAAAUCCUGCUGAUGAACCUGCUGACGGACAACCUGAGGAAGCCGCUCCCGCAUUAGACGGACAAGAAACGAUGACAGCAGUUUUAGUGCCUCCUCACAGGGUGUCAGCCAUGUGGACAGCCUGGGUUUUCUUCAAGUCCUUCUUUUCUUCUCUCAUUCCUGAGGUUCCUCAGCGUGUCGCCAACUAAGGACAUUAGCAGACUUACAAAACAACAAAUUGUAGGAGAACAAUACUUUCUUGAUUCAAUGCUUGAAAAGCUGAUGCAAGACUUCUGAGCGUAUCAACUCAAGAAUGAUUAAAAACAAGGACAUUGGGUUCAUUAUCAACCUGAACAGAGUCUUGGAUGGAUGUUCUCAAAGUCUCCAUGAGGCAAUUUUUUCUUUUUAGUGCGAUUGAACACAGAUGAAACACCAGCGCAAUAAACCCAUGCCACAUGCUCAAAAAUCAAACUGCACUUUUUACAAUAAUGAAUUGUUCAGUUGGAUCCCAGCUCUCCUGAAAAGUUCCCUGAAUCAUGAAUCAACAGUAGGUGGCAGCAGAGGGCUAAAAUAUAAACCUCUAAGCUGCUGCCAGACUACUGUGUCUGAAUUUUCUUCCUGUGAAGAGGUUUAUGUGCUUUCUGAUCCCAUAGGGUUCAAAAUCAGCUCAUCUGAGUUUUUUUUUUUUUUUUUUUUUUGACUGAUCCGACCAAUACCCUCACACUUGUAAAGAUUACAUACACUGUGUUCAGCUGAAGUGAAAAUCCAUACAAAUACCUGAUUCAGUACUGUAAGUUAUGGCUUUCUGGAUCAGAUGUCAGAUCGGAUAUUUUUCCUUCCUACUUUACAAAUAGUUAAAAACAGCUGUAAAGAAAGAAAGAUUUUAUAUGAGUGAAAGUAUUUUACUUGUGUCUAAGAGGAGCCCGGAAAGCCCUAAAUUAUUUGAGUCAGGUCAGUUAUGAUACAAAAUAAUUAUUUGGGCUGCAAUGUUUUGUAAAUUCCCUUUUUGAAAUAUAACAAGAUUAUGUAAGGAUUUAUUUUAAAGAUUGGGUCUUUUAAAGCUUCAUGAAAGUACCACACCAUUUGUACUGAAGUUUUUGUAUAGUUUAGUAUUUGUUUAAUUUUUAAAGCUAAUUUAAAAUUUCAGUGCCUCAAACUGUCAAAUAGGGUCUAAUAAGAAAGGACAAACUUUGUCUUUGCUUCCUUCCAUUCAGUCACUAUUAUUGACAUUUCUGCCACUGUAGCAAAAAUCGACUGAUUGAAACUUAAGUGUAAAAUGUUCUUUAGAAAAAUGAACAUUGGUAGUUGAAUUCUCUUCCAUUUCCUGUUUUUAAAGGAUUUUCCUUUAGCUGAGAAUAUGGUGUUACAAAAUAUUAUGCUUCUUUUGUGCCAUAUUUUUGGUCACAGUAUCGCUACAAUAGUGAGGUUGCUGUUUUAAAAGUUUUGUAACUCAAAGCACUUUACAAUAUGUAUCUUAUGCAAGCUUGUAUAUAGGGGUUUAGGUUUAUUUACUACGUUUAAUCAUUUCUAAUAUGAUAAGAAUGCUUUGAGGGCUCAGAGUUUUAAAUGGUUUUUGAGGAGUUUGAUGGAAAGAGGAGGCUUUGUUUGUCAUGUUUUUAAUUGAUGCUUUAUAAAUUCUUUAGAAUCGGUUUAUUUUGAAUGUCAGAUUCCAGUUUUGAAAUAUCAAACAAUUAAGGCAAUUUAGAAACCCCACUGGUUUGUAAGGUUUGUGAUGUUUUCUUUGCACGCAGGGAUCAAAUUUUAUAACCUUUUUGUCGACCUCCAUCAUUUAGCUUACGUCACAAGUACUUAUAGUUUAGAGUGUAUAAUGAUGCUGCCUCAUUAAAUUCCAACUGUAGCUGCAUUCAAGCCUCCCCUGGCACAGAUCAGAUGCAUUAAUGACUGUAAAUUUUUACCUUAAUAUUUGCGGUCUUUUCUCAGUUCAUGAAAUAAUACCUAUGUGUGACUUGGGUCCAGUCUGUUGCUUUGGAUUUAUGACUGGCCCCUGUCAGUUCAUGUUUUAUUGAUUUAGGUGUAAAAAGCAGCUUUUUACUAAAAAGUAUGAAGGCCCUCUUCUUGUGUCUAAAGCUGUUGUGUGUUCAGCAUCAGCCUCGCUAUGAUUAGCCCUCUGAAGAAUAAUAGAUAGAUAGUGGUCAUCUUGUAAAUUAAGAAAUGUUGAUGGUAGGCUCCCGACAUAUUGUCAUGUGUGAGCUUUGCUUAUUGUGGGAUGUUGUAAAAUAAAGUGUGUUCAAGGAGAUUUGCAAUACUGUAUGCAAUAAAUGUUCUUUACUUCAA